GAAGUCGAUUUGGAAGUGACUCGAAACGACAUCGACGAACACGCGAAGGCUGGUUACACCACUCCAUACCAGUGCUGGUGUAAUGCCUACGGCGGCCACACAUCCAUUGUCAGCCGCUCAAAGCCACCCGCAGUGCUCAUAUGGUUUAAAAACAAUAAACAAUUAACUCAUUCACAGGAAAGUGUGUCAUCCGAUGGCAACACUACCACAAGUGUACUGAAUCUGAUGCCCACCGUUGCCGAUGACGGAGCCUUAUUGACGUGUAGGGCACAGAAUCUGAGACUACAGGCGCCCCAUAAGUAUAUGGAGGACGGAUGGGAACUCCAAGUCUAUUGUAUGUAUUUUUGCCCAUUAUUAAUAAGAAUAUUCUGUACAAUAUUUAACGCAUAGAAUAUAAUAAUAAUCAUCAUAAUAAUAAAUAAAACAAAUUCCGUUGCUUUCAAUGCAAUAUCAGUUUAUUAUC